CUAACAGCGAGUCGGUAUACCCUAUUGCGCGUGGCGACAGCUGGUGAUAUAUCUCAGCUUCAGUACGGUAAUAAGUGAUGCAAAUAUGUUCAAAGAAGUAUAAAUAUGUCCAAAGACGUAUGAGGAAGUAUUUCAACAAUUGAAUCAGUAUAAAGGUUUUUGCAGUCAGUACGGACAAAAAUACACUAAAAAACCGCGUGUAAGAAUCGAGAGGUUCAAGAACCUUAUGUCGGAAAUUUUCCAUAAUUACAUGAAACUGUUUAGCCAAGUGUGAUCACGCAGGUUAUUAUGUCUGUUUUACAGUUAAAUUAUGAUAAACAUCUUAACCAAGAAAAUUGACUUGAAUUCUGCCAAUUUUUAUUACCAGAAAACAAUUUAACAAACUGUAAUUACAAAAAAAAAGUAUAACUGUAAAACUCUAGUAUAAUGCGCUACAUUUUCGAUACAGUUCCUUUAACUUCGUUUGAUGAAACGUAAAAAAUAAAACUAUUCUGAAACAAUUUAACACAUUAAUUGGACAAAUGACGACAGUUGCUGGUGUUUUCUGCGCACGACUAUGGGAGGUAAUGCGCGCUUCAUGUUAAAUAGUAAGGAGCCUUAUAAUAUAACCUUCACACCUGGCGUAAAGUAGCUACAGGCUGUUAUGGCAAACUUGUUAUAACUUGAUGCAAUUCUACGCUUAUAACGUAAACUUUUAGACAACUUUAGACAAAAUGAAAUGUUGGCGUAAAGAUUGUUUACCAUCUUUAACUUACGUUCUGAGUAAUAUUCACCUCCUGUCUUCAAUUUAUUGGAAUACCCUGUAUUUGUUAAAGAGAUUACACUUUCCUACUGGAGUCAAUUUAUUGGCUUAAUCUCCCUCACACUUCAAUCCAGCCUAGUCACUCUACAUAAAUUUUCCAAUGCCCAACUUGUGUCAAUUUACAGAGACUCUUUGUGUUCCUAUUUAUGUUAUGUUACAGAUAGUUUACAACGCCCCGCUUGUGUCAAUUUAUAGAGAUUUUAAGAUGCCCUGCUUGUGUCAAUUGAUAUUUUAAAAGAAUAUAACUUGAGAAAAUCCUUGUGAAUGUCAACCUUACAAAUAUCAUACAGAGGUUUGUAACGUCUUUAAUCUUUUUAGUUUUCUCCUUAUUUGACUUCAGCAUGGAAAAUUUGCAUUUCUCUAAAUAAAACCUUUCGAGAAAUAGAAAUAUCACAAAAUCUUCAAAGGGUGUAUAAAAAGAUUCUGAAGACACUUCCAUAUGUAAAGGUAGGGAAAUCGUAGCAUUCAUAACUAAUCGGUACAUUUACGAUUUACGGACGUGUCAUUACCGCUGUAAAUGGUCCACAUUUUUCAUUGUUUUUAUAACAGGCCCUUAGUGGAAGGACGCAAGUACAAGCGUAACUAGCCGGCAUCAUGAUGAAGGAGUGUGUGCAAUUAGGGAUACUAUUCAGUUUCAGCUUUUAGAGAGAAAAGGAGGAAAACUUCGUAAUUACCUGCCCCAUCCAAAAGUUCCUUCGACGCCACCGUCGCCACAGCUAUCAAAUUUAAUUUAUUUCACUAACAGCGAGUCGGUAUACCCUACUGAGCGUGGCGACAGCUGGUGAUAUAUCUCUGCUUCAGUACAGUAAUAAGUGAUGCAAAUAUGUCCAAAGAAGAAUGAGGACGUAUUUCAACAAUUGUGUCAGUAUGAUUUUUUUGCAGUCAGUACGGACAAAAAAUACAGUAAAAAACCGCGUGUAAGUACUGAGAGGUUCAAGAACUUCGGUGAGAAAUUUGCCAAAUAUAUAAACCUGUUUAUCCAAUUAUGAUCACGCAGGUUAUUAUGUCUGUUUUACAGUUAAAUUAUGAUAAACAUUUUAACGAAGAAAAUUGACUUGAAUUUUGCAAAUUUAUUUACCACAAAAUAACUUUCACUACAAGAAGGAGCUGUGCAAUGUACAGUUGUUUAUAAAAUAUUUUAUAUUUCAGGAAUAAACACAAGUUUACUUUUUUCUAGAAAUUAAGCGCCUAAUUAAGGACCUACCAAGGCCAAUAAAUAUCCAGAAAUACAAUUAACUUUUUUUGAAAAUAUGUAGGUUCCUUCCCCCCGGGUUUUGUGUUACUGUUUUGAUAUGAAUCCUGAAGGCAAUAUGGACUACUUUGCUAUCUCAGUUGGAGUUUGCCACUGAACCAAUUUUUAGAUUUAUUGGUUUAGGGUUAUUAGCUGUGGUCACACUAAAGAGUUUUACCUAGGUAAAACCGAUUUACCUAGGGCAAAUUCAUCCAAAAUCUCCCGAGGUAAAUUCAUCUCGGGAUUUGUUUUACCUAGGUAAAAAUUCUGGGAAGGUCACACUACUGAUAUCGGCUCCCAAAGUUUUCACGCCAGUUGAAUUUUUUGGAGCGUAAAUUCAAGGAGCCAGAAUGCGCAGGGAUCUAGCUGAUCAAAGAGAUGUUUUUUUCUUUUAUGGCAUGGGUCGCACUUGGCAAAUUUCUGGAAGAAUUUGUUUACCUUGCGGUAAAAAUCUGUCAUCGGGACACAUUGCCAAGUGCGACCCCAAGUUUUCAAGUUGAAAAAAAACUUUGAAAAUCGCGAAAAACAUCAACGACGCCGUAUUGCUUGGGUGGGGCAGGCAGAUUUUGGAAAACUUGAGCUAAACAAUAGGAAUCACGGCGGUAAGUGUCAGCACUUGUCAGCGAAACGUGACCAAUUUGAAACACGAUCAAUUUGAAUCAAUCGUUGAAAUUUUCUGACCUUCGCGUUUUCGUUGUGGACGGAAGAGGCUACCACUACUUUUCGCCAUUUUAACGUUUUUGCGAAAACUUUCUACUGGCGAGCAAUACAUAAGCUUGUAAUCCUUCGCUAUUUCAACGUUUUUACGGGAACUCUCUACAGGCGAGCCAAUUAUAGUCUACCCAGGCACCGUCACAGGUUUGUUAUUCUCCGAGCUAAAUGCAGUCUUUGCAGCCAAGCACUUUAUUUUCUUUAUUUCUCCCAUCCUCCUGAAAAUGGGAAAGGAGGAAAACGAUCCUACGCCAAAUGAUCGGACUACGAAGAGAUAAUGUUCCCUGGUAUCUGGCCUACUUUAGUUCUCAAUGUUUCAAAACAACGACAAUUAACUCCCACUAGUAAAUACCAGUGCGACCCUCCUCGAUUUGAAUAAAAGUUUUCUUUUCCGGUUGGGGUUUCGAAUUUUCGUGGUUUUUUAGCCGGCAAAGAUGAAAACUUUUCCCAAGUGCGACCUAUGCCUAUCUCGCUGUUAUUUCUUACGCUAAUUCAACGUGCAAGGUGAAGAAAGGCGAAGACGUGGAUGGCUCGUGCCCCCAAAAUUUCAUUCACAGCGUGAUCUAUGUCCGGUUCUGUCAUCAAGACCUUCGCCGAUGAGCGUCUAUUGGCUAGCAAACUCGGUAUUUCAUUUUUCCCUAGCUAUUGCUUUGGGGUAGCUGUCAAGGGAAACUUUAUUGUUCUCGAGACAUAUCCAAGAGCCAGACGAUCAAAUUUCUCCGAGGUAAGUUACCUAGGGAAAAAUCGGUCACAAUUAAAAAAUCAAGUUUCCCUAGGUAAACUGUCAACAAGUCGUGUUUACCUAGGUAAAAAGUCUGUAGUGUGACCACAGCUAUUAUGACUUCUUUAACUGCUUUGCAAGUUGAAGGCAAGCCAUUUGGCUGAAAGCGUAGAAUUAUCAAAUUGUUUCUUUUCGUCAGAAGAAUGGGUAAAAAAAUGCCAGUUUUUGAGCCACUAACCUCUCCUCUCCCACAUUAAAUGUGGCUGACGUGACAUAGCCAUAAAUGAAAUGAGUUUUCCACCUCCACAAUGUGCAACAAACGUCUCCUACCGAAUAAUUUUGUACUCGAAGAAAAUAAAGCAAUAGCUACUUUCAGGUGUCGCUUCUUUGAGAAACUAGCAAGUUAAUUUCUGUGAUCGGGUAGUAUCAACAAAAGCUUUCUUUCAAUAUUAUCAUCGGAGGGCGCAGCCCGAGGGCAACGAACGAGGGGAUUAAAUCACAUAACCACGAGCUGAAGGCCGAUAAACGGCUUAUUUUUACAUAAGCGAGGAUUCCUCAAGGGAAUCUCCAUGCUGGCACUGGUGGCAUUCACAGGUUUCUCGGCUUUUUAAUUAUGUUAGUUUUUCAAAGUCGCAUUUCAAAUUAGUUGUUCGCAGGGAAUACUAGAAACAGCCUAAAGAGCCUAGCAGUGUCGAGCGAUUCAGAGCCAGAAGUAGAGCCGUUUAUUACUCAAACUAAAGCAGCUUUAGUGGCGGUACUGCAAGAGCUUUCGGAAAACAAUUUGAAUCUUCAUUUGUGGGUGCAGAAAACGAGCAAGCAGUUGACAAUUUCAAUUUUCGCCCCGAGGAUCUUUCGACCGACCUGCAUGUUUACAGACAAAGAAGAUUCCGGGCGGGGGAUCACUACUGUACCUGACAAGGAAAUUCAGUCGAGGAAUGAAGCAAAAAUACAACAAAACCCAAGGAGGUCAACUACAUGUCUUCAUGGAGUACACGAGGGUGGUAUGACUGGUUAA